AUGACAGUACGAUAUAUCUAUUUAGGCCGACGGACCAUAUUGACACAUCGCAAAUGAACGCAGCGCUGCAUGGUGUUUGCCUCCCCCAAGAUUGUUGGUUUCCAUAUUUCUCAUCUUGGUUUCUUCUUAACGGCCUUUGGAGACUCAAUAGUAUUCGGUCAUCUCGGAGAGUACGCAGAAACUUUAGGAUUUACCACGGACAAAGGAGCUUACCUUUAUUCAGUUAUAGGAAUUUCAGUUAUGAUUUUGAAAUUAUUGCAAGGCGUUGUUUUAGAUAGUAGAGGUUCCACAGUGUUACCAAUAAAACUAGCGAUAUUUUUCUUCUUCUUGGGAGGAAUGGCUACACUCAUUUUGUUUGUUUCUAAUGAAUACAUUUUGUUACUGAUCUUUGCCUUUAUUUUUGGCGCCAAUACUGCUGCAUCUGGUGGUGCAGUUGUGGUCGGAAUAUUAGAGACCUAUUAUGGAUAUGAACAUUUAGAACUUACGUUCGGGGUGAAUCUUGCUGUCAUUGGCAUCGGUAAUUUACUUGGCUCUCCAAUAGCAGGAUUGCUGUUCGAGGCCUACGAAACAUACACCCCUGUUUUGAUUCUGUUUUGCGUCACUAAAGUUUUGAGUAGCCUUUGUUUUUUGUUGGUCUACAAAUUUUCUUCACAAACACAAAAAACUUAUAUCACUGAAGUAAAAUUACCACAGAAGGAAGCUUUCCUGGAAGAUGCUGUGUUGACGCUUACUUCUGGAGAGAAAGUUCCUCUUCUGGUUGAAACACAUCCUCGUAGAUAUUCUGAUGUUAUUAGUGAAAAUAUGGAUACUUUAUUAUGAGGGGUCUGAGGGUACCGAUCAUGAGUGUAUUGACAGAGCCUCUGGAUAAUGCGACUGUGAAAAUACCGACUUCUACCUGUCUGAAUGUAUACUGAUAAUAAAAGAUUACUGGAAAUAGAAGUUCUUAGUUAAAAUAUGAAAAUAUUGAAUAUCAUAAGGUUAUUUGAUAUGUUCAUACCACCAAGCAUGGAUAUAAUGUAUAUCGGGUUAUCGCGUGUCGUAAAAUUUGCGAUUUAAAAAAAUAAAUUAAUUAAUUUUCGCCAGUCAAUCUUUACGAUUUCAAAAGUUUCUUAUAGCUAACAAUAAUGAAUAUAAAAUUUGCGUAUUGGAUAAUUUGU